AUGAGUUUUAUAUGUUUUCUUAUUAUUUUAUUUUUUUCAAUUUCAAAUAAAUUUAUUUUUUGUAAAUUUGGAUCAGAUAAUCAUUCGAUUUCAUCAUCUUUGUUGGAAUCAGUUGAGAAGGCAAGAACUAACCUCAAAGUAAUUCAAGAAUUAAUUUAUUUUUCACAGGAGUUUCAAGAAUUAUACAAGCUCACUAGGGAUGAAAUUUUGAAGUUUGGUGACAUUAUCAAGACCAUUCCAAAUCACGAUUCCUACACACAUAAUAACUCUAUAUUUAUCAUAAAUAUGGGACUUAGCAAUAAUUUACAUGAUCUGAAAUAUCCGAAUGGUCAAUAUGAUGAUAAAAUUUUUGGUAUUGUGAUGAAUUAUUUUUUGAAAAAGUCGAAUAAUAAAUACAUUCAAAUAUAA